AUGGCUUCUCUGAUAGCCAACCGCGCAAUGGCGCACAUGGCGACGACCACCCUUACAGUGCGAGGAAUGACAUGCGGAGCCUGCACAUCCGCAGUCGAGGGCGCAUUCAAGAAUAUAGAGGGGGUGAAGUCGGUUACUAUCUCCUUGCUUUUUGAGCGCGCCACAAUAGAGCAUGACACAACAAUACAAUCCGCCGCAACGCUAGUGGAGAUGAUAAAACGCGUUGGUUUCGAUGCGGCGCUUGUAGACUCAGUGGCGCACAAUGACAAAGAAGGCAAGGGUGAGAUUUUGGGAGGGAAGCAGAAAUUUACUACUACAGUCAGUGUAGGUGGUAUGACGUGCGGUGCUUGCACAUCGGCGGUAGAGAGCGGCUUCGAGGGUGUCAAGGGCGUGUACCGAUUUAACAUUAGCUUGCUCGCUGAGCGCGCAGUAAUUGCGCAUGACCCGACAAAGCUUACGGCCGAGCACAUUGUGCAAAUCAUCGAAAACCGGGGUUUUGAUGCGAGUGUGAUUUCAUCUGUCGGUGAAGAUCUGCAGCGGGCGUCGACCAAUUGUGAAUCGGUAGCCCUUAACAUCUACGGCAUGCCCAACCCAAAAGCUGCAGAGGAGCUCGAGUUGUCGUUGAAAGCGAUGCCUGGCAUCACUGCUGCGUCUGUCGACUUCCAUGCCUGUCGAGCUACAGCCCGGCGGGAUCCGCACGUAAUUGGACUUCGUGCAGUUGUGGAGGCUGUGGAAGCAGCUGGCUACGGCGCUCUGUUAGCGGAUUUUAAUGACAGCAACGCCCAAAUCGAGUCACUUGCAAAGACCAAGGAAAUCCGGCAGUGGAGACGGGCCGUCCAAGUGUCUGCAUGCUUUGCGCUCCCUGUCUUCCUCACCAGCAUGGUCUUUCCCAUGCUCCUGCCUUCCCUCGACUAUGGUAGGAUCAAAAUUAUGCCUGGGAUCUAUCUUGGCGAUCUAGUCUGCCUGGGGCUGACCGUUCCUGUUCAAUUUGGCAUCGGUGGGCGGUUCUACGUCUCUGCAUACAAGUCUCUCCGGCAUGGUUCGCCUACUAUGGAUGUGUUGGUCGUACUGGGAACUUCAGCUGCUUUCUUCUUCAGCUGCGCCUCAAUGCUGGUUUCACUGCUCCUACACCCUCACUCCAAGCCUGCAACCCUGUUCGACACCAGCACCAUGCUGAUCACCUUCAUCUCCAUGGGUCGAUACCUUGAGAACCGAGCCAAGGGAAAAACAUCAAAGGCACUCUCAAAACUCAUGUCUCUGACUCCUUCUACGACUACCAUCUACGGGGAUCCGAUCGCCGCUACAAAAGCCGCUGAAGCCUGGAACCUGUCUGAAUCCCGCGACACGUGCGAUGCAGCGGAGAGCAGCAACGCCAUCGAGGAAAAGACCAUUGCCACCGACCUCAUUGAGCAGGGUGACGUGGUCAUCCUGCGACCUGGAGAUAAGAUUCCCGCUGAUGGCAUUGUCACGCGAGGGGAGUCUUAUGUAGAUGAGAGCAUGGUCACUGGUGAAGCGAUGCCUGUUCAGAAAAAGAAGGGCUCAUAUCUCAUGGCCGGCGCCGUCAACGGAGCAGGACGCAUCGACUUUGUAGUCACUCGCGCUGGUCGUGACACCCAGCUGAGCCAUAUCGUCCGCCUCGUGCAGGAAGCUCAGACGAGCCGCGCACCCAUCCAGCGUUUGGCUGAUAUCAUCGCCGGAUACUUCGUUUCCAUCAUCAUCACGCUUGGGCUCACAACCUUUGUUACUUGGAUGCUUCUCGGCUACACUCUACCCAACCCUCCCAAGGUCUUUCUCGACCAUGCUAGUGGCGGCAAGCUCAUGGUUUGUGUCAAGCUCUGGAUCGCCGUCACUGUCUUUGCCUGCCCAUGCGCCCUUGGCCUCGCUACUCCCACGGCUGUCAUGGUCGGCACGGGCGUUGGCGCCGAGCAAGGCAUCUUGGUCAAGGGAGGUGCUGCUCUCGAGACGGCCAGCAAGGUCAACCACAUCGUUUUCGACAAGACUGGGACGUUGACCGUCGGAAAGAUGAAUGUCUUCAAAACCGACAUCAGGGGUGGAUGGGAUGCAGACAAGCACAAGAGGAGCCUCUGGUGGACUCUUAUUGGCCUCGCUGAGCUGGGCUCGGAACAUCCCAUCGCAAAGGCCCUUGUUCGCGCAGCCAAAGAACAACUGCGACUCGGGGAUGGAGACGCCCUCGACGGUAAUAUCAGUGACUUCGAAGCCAUUGUAGGAAAAGGUAUUUCUGCGUCAGUCGAAGUAGCUCUCUCCCGCGAACGUACCCGCUAUUGGGUUCUGAUCGGAAACGCUUCAUAUCUGCGCUCCGAAGGCGUCACCGUUCCUGAAGUUGCCGAAUGGCCCAUCGCUGGCAGCACUCCUAGCCCUCUUCCUGGAGACUACCAAACACGUUCAGCGGGACUGACUACCAUCCAUACCGCCAUUGAUAAGACAUACACCGGCACGCUGUCUCUUUCAGACACCGUCAAGCCCUCGGCUCGCGCCGCCGUCCUCGCUCUUCGCCGUCUUGGUAUAAAAUGCUCGAUCGUUACAGGUGAUAGGUCGCCGUCCGCGCUCAUCGUCGCAGCAGCAGUCGGCAUUGAAUCGAAUGAUGUAUACGCCUCCGCUCAGCCUGGAGACAAGAAGGCUUUUGUCGCCCAUCUCCAGUCGUGUGGCAAAGUGGUCGGAAUGGUCGGGGACGGCAUAAACGAUUCGCCUGCUCUCGCAUCUGCAGAUGUUGGCAUCGCACUCUCCACCGGCACGGAUGUCGCCAUGGAAGCCGCCUCGGUGGUUCUAAUGUCUACCACAGACAUGCUCGUCAUCCCGGCCAGCCUGUGCCUCAGCAAAGCCAUAUUUAAGCGCAUCAAGAUGAACCUGGCUUGGGCGUGUAUGUACAACGUCAUCGGGCUCCCCUUCGCCAUGGGCUUUUUCCUGCCCUGGGGCAUUAAUUUGCAUCCCAUGGCUGCUGGUGCUGCCAUGGCCUGCUCGUCUGUCUCUGUCAUCGCCUCCUCCUUGCUCUUGAAGCUCUGGAGGCGGCCUAGCUGGAUGAAGGUUGCGCUGCUAGACCCCUCAGCUGAAGUUCCGGAGGGCGAGGUCGAGGCUGAGCGAUUGGGGGUGGAAAAGCGAGGCUGGCUUGGAGGAUUGAUUGAUUGGACCAAGGAGAGUGCAGUGGCGAGGAAGAAAGGCAAAGGGGACGUUAGGUACGCGCCGCUUGCAGAUAUGGGGGAGCACGAGCAAGGGGAUGCUGCCUUCAUAUUUGGAUUGGAGAGGAUUUGA